AUGUAUGGUGUGUUUUUUGCCACCUCCUUCCUGGAUCUGUACCGCAGCCCUCGGCAGGUCUCCACCUCCUCGCUCAGCCUGACAGUCACGGUGGACAGCGAUGAACAGUAUCUGUUCCUGGUGCGCGCUGUCUCUCCCUUCCUGGGUCCUCCCUCUGACUACUCUGUGGUGAAAAUGAUCCCCGACGAGAGGCUGCCGCCCAGGAACCUCCACCGUGUGCGAGUAGACAAGACGCAGGCCACGCUGAAGUGGCAGCCGCCGUACGACUCGCCGAACUCAACUCUGGUACGAUCCGGCCUCGUUUUAGCGUUGAUAAGCAUCAGGAGGGAGUGUGAGGACAACAAGCAGACUCUCUGCUUCUCUAAUUACAGAGACAUUAUCAGUCAGGUUUAUUUGGAGGAAUUUCACCAAUAAAAAGCAAAAAGCACAUGGCCCAAAACUUUACAUAAAUUAUCUAAAAGUUACAAGGAAAUACGUGAAAAAAAGCAA